CGCCCGCCCGCCCCCGUGGACUAGGCUUGGCGCCGUGUGCGCGCCGCCGCCGCUCACUUGGCUGGCUGGAGCGGAGGAGGAAGGAGCCGCGCGACAGCCCGUGGAGCGCACGCCUCAGCCACCUCCUGAAGGGCCUCGUUUGAUGCAAACGCUUGGUGCUUUGCCACCAUUUUGGAGCGACGUUGGCUGGAAUUAAAUGGAGCAACUUCACGUGGAGUGAGUGAGGAGGAGUUGCAUUUCGACAAAGCUAGUGAUUUGCAGCAACCGAGUGUGUAAGUGUGGCUAAUCGGUGCCACAAGAGAGCGGCAAAGCACUUCUUUUACGUGACAUGCGGCAGGGCUGCGGCCUGUAUCCAUCAAAGUCCUCCAAGACGGGCCUGUCUUACGGCCGGCGACCCGCGUCUGUCCUGGGUGGGAUGCUUCUGCUUCUGGCCAUCCUGCUGCCUCCGCUGUGCGCGUCCUCUGCCCGGCCCCAUGCAGCGGCGGACAAAACGGAGCACAGCUGGCACGUGGAGGCCUCGUUGGCGGGCACGGUCCUGCUCCCCUGCCAAUUGACCGCUCCGGCGCUCGCUGCCGAGAAGCCGAGGGUCAAAUGGACCCGCGUGGAGUCUGGCGCCGAAAAGGUGGUCGUGGUGGCCCGGGGCGGCGCCGUGAAGGUGGCCCAGGACUUUGCGGGCCGUGUGUCCUUGCCCGACGGCGAGGCCGCCCUGGCCAUUGUCGGGCUGCGGGCGAGCGACGCCGGCCGCUACCGAUGCGAGGUGGCCCGAGGGAUGGAGGAGCGGCGCGGCGGCGCCACCACCCUCAGCGUCAGGGGUGCGGUCUUCCACUACCGGGCCAGCACGGGCCGCUAUUCCCUGGACUUCCAGGCCGCGGCGGAGGCCUGUCGGUCGGCGGACGCCGCCAUCGCCACGCCGGAGCAACUGACGGCUGCCUUCCACGACGGGCUGGAGCGUUGCGACGCCGGCUGGCUCGCCGACCGCACCGUCAGAUAUCCCAUCAGGCAACCCCGACCGGGCUGCGAAGGCGACCUGAAGAGUCGGCCUGGCGUGCGCACGUACGGCGUCCGAAGAGCUAGCGAGAAAUACGACGUCUUUUGCUACGUUGACAAACUAGACGGGGAGGUCUUCUACCCGCUGGCCGGCGGCGGCGGCAAGCUGACCCUGCAGGAGGCGGCGGGCGAGUGCCGGAAGCACCAAGCGGCGUUAGCGUCGCCCGGGCAACUGUUGGCCGCCUGGGCGGCGGGCCUGAACCGAUGCGACUACGGCUGGCUGUCGGACGGCAGCGUCCGCUACCCCGUCACCGUUCCCCGCCCGCAGUGCGGCGGCGGCCAGCUGGGGGUCCACACGCUCUACAAGGGCCACGACCAGACGGGGUACCCGGACCCGCAGGACAGGCACGGAGCCUACUGCUUCAAAGCCAAGCUACCAGAAGCCACGUUAACAGCUCCACCGCAACCCGGCGGCACUUCGGACUUCUCUGAGCGUCAAACGAAUCCCGUCACUCUUCGUCCGGUGUCGCGCGAUGACGUCAUUACGGAGAACCGGCCGACGCAGGCGGAGCCGCCUUCUCCGGCGGCCACGACGCGGCCGCUCCGCUGGGCUGCCUCGGGCGGCACCGACCCGCAAGUGGAGGGCGUGACUCGAGCGCCGCUUUUCCCAGCCUCGGUCUUCAAAAAGGAAGCUCCGGCCCGAUCGGUAGCUCUACCCGGCGAGGGCCACCGGUCCACGCUGGAGCCACCGCUCCACGUCAUCGUGGUCAACGUGCAGGACAAAAAUCAAUCGGUCGACCGCAUCCUGCAGUUCCUCAACUCACCCGCGGGGAGCAGCGCUGUGGCUACCGACCGCUCGCUUUGGAUGGACGCGCCGGUCCUCGACCCCCAUGCCGCGGAAGCGCCGCUGCCGACCGUCGGCUUCGUCGAUGGCACCAAACGCAUCGUGAUGUUUGACGCGCGAGCGCCGGAGGAGGCGCGAGGGGAGAGCGCCGCCCCCGUUGGGGUGUCGGCGGAGGAGGCCGGCCCGACGCCGUCCGAGGAGCCCAGCGUGACGGACGCCUACCGUCUGGGCCAUCCGUCCGACUUCCCGGCCGCAGCGUCAGCGACGAGGCGGGCCAGUCCCUCCGCCUCAUCCUGGGACUCCAGCACGGAGGACGUGCAACUCGGGGGUCCCUCGUUGCUCUCAGAAACGGCGAGGCGGGACGCCGGGGUCCACGCCGAGGCUGCGCAGGCGUCCACCUCGGGCCCAGAUGCCGGCCAGACGCCGGGGGACGGGGAGGCUUCGGGGGAGCACGGAGCUCCUGUCGCGGGACACUUUUUACCAGGCGUCCCGGUUCAUCUGACGCCGGACUUUGGAGACGCUGCGACGGAAGGCCCCCCAGCUGCCAUCUGGCUUGACACGGACCCCGCUGAGCCCGCCGAUCAAAAGGAGGAGUCCACCUCGCCGUCGGCGGGCCUCCAACAGCUCCCCCCGGGGCCGUGCGGCCCCGGCUGGCACAAGUUCCAGUCUCACUGCUACAAACAUUUCCACCAGCGUCGCAGCUGGCACGCGGCCGAGCAAGAGUGCCGCGUCCACGCCGCUCACCUGGCCAGCAUCCUGUCGCUGCGAGAGCAACACUUUGUCAAUGGUCUGGCCGGCGACUACCAGUGGAUCGGCCUCAGCGACAAGAUGUUUGAAAAAGACUUCCGCUGGAUCGACGGCAAUCCCCUGCGAUUCGAGCACUGGCGCCCCAACCAGCCCGACAGUUUCUUCCGCUCCGGCGAGGACUGCGCCGUCCUCAUCUGGCACGACAGCGGCCGCUGGAACGACGUCCCGUGCAACUACCGCCUGGGCUUCACCUGCAAGAAGGCCGCAGUGUGGUGCGGGCCGCCGCCCGCCGUGAAGGAUGCCCGCGUGUUUGGUCCUCGGCGCUUCCGCUACGAGGUCAAGGCCAUGACGCGCUACCGCUGCAAGCCGGGCUUGGUCCAGAGGGGCGCCCCCGCCGUCCGCUGCCGCUCCGACGGCCGAUGGGAAGUCCCCAAAGUGGCCUGUGUCAGCCCGGCGACCUAUCACGCGCAAGUUCCCGCACAGACGACGGGCGACGCGCUCGUCGUUCACCUCCACCGCGCGGCGACCGAUCGUGACCGGCGGGCGGCAGAGGGACGACGGACAGCGCGGCGCUUGCGGAACUCGCUGUCGGCGCCGGGAUGGUGACAUUUGACACGCCAAGUGGCGAAUUAAGACAAUCCUCUCUUGCUAUAUUGUUUCGUUUAUUAAUGCCUUCCAAUUUUACUGUGCAUUAAAGCGCCUCUCCCUCCAA